AUGGAGGAAGGACACCACAAAGAAAAGCUGCUUACUCCAUGGCAAUCAGAAAGUGGAGACAGACGAGAGAAGGAUACACUCUUCCAAAUCACUCCCCCAGUGGCCCACCUCCACUCCCGGGUCCACCUCUUAAGAGCACAUUCAGUUACUGAACUCAUGAGUGAAUUCAUGACGUCCUCGAACCACCUGGCCCUCUUUGUGCUUGCAGAUGGCCAAGGAGUGGAUGUGCUUUUGCUGCUGCUCCUUGGAAAGAGGGAAAGAUGUGAUCUUCUGGCAUACAUAGAAGAGGGCAUUGAAGUGGUAUUUGGGUUUUGGCUGAGCUCCACCUUCUACCCCUACUUUGCCAUUGAGCCACAAAUUCACAAGGAGAGAAAUACUAUCUAUGAUUUAAUGAAGAAAGAGAACCAUACUGUGGUGAGUGAGUUUGUCCUUCAGGGUUUCUCCAGCCUCCAUGAAUACCAGCUCACACUCUUCAUCGUGUUUCUUGCACUGUACAUAUUAACCCUGUCGGGGAAUGUCAUCAUCGUGACCAUCAUAGGUCUGGAUCAUCAUCUCCACACCCCCAUGUACUUUUUUCUGAGCAUGCUGUCAGCUUCAGAGACUGUGUAUACACUCGUCGUUAUACCAAGGAUGCUCUCUAACCUCGUAGGCCUAAAUGAGCCCAUUUCUUUAGGAGGCUGUGCCACUCAGAUGUUCUUCUUCAUCACUCUGGCCAUCAACAACUGCUUUCUGCUCACAGCCAUGGGAUAUGAUCGCUAUGUGGCUAUUUGCAACCCCUUGAGGUACUCAGUCAUCAUGAAUAAGAGGAUGUGCAUUCAACUUGUGUGGGGAGCCUGUGGCACUGGCCUAACUGUGGCAGUGACACAGGUGUCUGCUGUGUUUAGGCUGCCCUUCUGUGCCAGUGAGGUGGCUCACUUCUUCUGCGACAUCCGACCUGUGAUGAAGCUAUCCUGCAUUGACACUACUGUCAAUGAGAUCCUGACUCUAAUCAUCAGUGUCCUGGUGAUUCUGGUUCCUAUGAGCUUGAUUUUUAUUACUUAUAUCUUUAUCAUCUCCACCAUCCUCAAGAUUGCUUCUGCUGAAGGCCGAAAGAAGGCUUUUGCCACCUGUGCUUCUCAUAUCACUGUGGUUAUUGUCCACUAUGGCUGUGCCUCCAUUGCCUACCUCAAGCCCAAGUCAGAGAACACCAAGGAUGAGGACCAGCUGAUCUCUGUGACCUACACUGUCAUCACUCCCCUCCUGAACCCUGUGGUGUAUACCCUGAGGAACAAAGAGGUCAGGGAAGCUCUGUGUAGGGCUAUUGGCAAAAAACUGUCUUGA